AUGCGUCCAUCGCAGUCGUCUCAUGUGGCAGGGAUGGAACCACACCACCCCGACGCAUACGAACCAUCGCCACCAUACAUUCCAUUGACCACCCGCGGAAAAAAAUCCUUGAGCGAAACCAAAGCCAGGCUGGUCAACAUGUACAGGGGGGCGCCAGGCACGCUCCUUGGCGCAGGCAUGGGGCUGGUGGUGGGCUAUCUUGUCACGCUGGACGCCGUGUAUCCAACGAUGCGCGCAUACGACGCACGCUCGAACAGAGCUAUCGAGCGAAUCAUGUUAGAGCCAGGCAGGGCGUACCUUCGAGCACUUACUUGCGUGGCUCUGCCGUUUGCAUUUCUCAAUUUGACGUUGGUGGCCGCUGAUAUUGCCUCGUCGAGGACGCCGGGGGUGGCCAAGCUAGGGGUGCGUGUAGGUUUGAUGUCGUUGGCCAUGUCGUUCGCGAUCGUCGUUCAAGGGGUGUAUGUCGGCUCGCUCGUGGCGCCAACGUUUGAAGGAAGUCGAUACAACUUUCGCGCCCCUGCUGUAUCACUUGAAUGCCCCACGACAUCCACGAAAACGUCCUUGUUCUUCGACCCGGUAAGGCAAAUCAUGACCUGCCACGCGACCAACCAAACCGUGUUUUCAUUUGGCUCGGACGAGUUUGCUCCUUAUGCCAUCGACCCGUCUGUCAACAGAUUGGCACGGUAUACGUCGACGAUCCAGGAAGUGAUCGCGGCGGUCUUGGAAAUCACCCCCACUCGCUUCGUCGAAGCCACCAACACCAACGUCGUGGCACUUGUGGUGGGGGCACUGGCCACUGGCGUAGCCAUAGGCGCCCAUCUCACCCAGUUCAAAUCACUAUCUUCCGACAGUGCUGCCGGCAACAUCACAGUACUAGCCGCGCUACGGGAACUUGUCUCUGUCUUUCAAAUCAUGACUUCGUGGAUUGCCAUGACCACCCCUCUGGCCCUCAUUUCGCUCGUGGCGGGACCCAUUUACGCUGGCACGCACAACGUGUUUGAUUUUACCAAGCCCACGAAUGGCCUUAUUGGCGUGUGCUGGUAUGUCUUGGUAUUUGUGGGCGUAGCCGCGGUGCAUGCCGUGGUCGUUCUGCCGGUUGUGGCAGUCGUUGGUUCACGCGGCCGCCUGUCGCCCCUUCGUUUUCUCUGGCACAUGCGGGAUGCCCUCAUCUACGCACUGCACACUUCGUCCUCCCGCAAAAGCCUCCAUGUACUCCUCAGCACGUUCGAGCGAACCGUGGGCCAGCCGACGGCGAAAACGAGGUUUGCCAUCGGCACCGGCGCCACGCUCAACAAGAACGGCGGCGCGCUGUACGUGAGUCUGUCUGUGAUCUGGUUGUUUUCAAACGGCGGUUUGCAAACCAUUUUCUCACCAACCAAGGUGGCGUUGCUGGUCGUGCUGGCCACGGUGGGGUCGCUGGCAGUCACUCCCGUGCGCAAUGGCGGCAUGGUCGUCGUGAUCUGCGUGUUUGCAAUGCUUACAGGGCUCGCCCCGCCAUAUGCCAUCAGCUUUUUGUUCGUCGCGGAGUGCAUCGUGGACCCUGUCGCAACGGUGCUCAACGCAUGGGGCAACAUCAUCGUGGCAAGGCUUCUAGGCGAAGCGUCGUAGCGACGUGCCACAGGAUAGCCACCGAUGAAAUCUACUAUGUUUAUGUGACCG